AUGGCCAACAAUCACACCACAUAUCCGGCCAGCAACCUGACCUGGCAAAUUCUCAACCAUGCUAAUGAGCACAACUAUGCUGUCGGUGCAUACAACUGCUACAACAACGACGGAAUCAUGGCCCUAAUACAUGCAGCCGAGCGCAAGCGCUCAGCCGUAAUAAUCCAGCUCUUUCCUUGGACAUUACACUUCCAAGGUCCAGAAUUCGUUCACUACGUGGCGAGUUCUGCACACGCCGCCAGUGUCCCAGUAGCGGUCCACUUGGACCACUGCAUCAAGCCGGAAGAUGUGGAAUUAGCCCUUACCCUCCCCUUUGAUUCUAUUAUGAUUGAUGCUUCAACUUUGGAUGAGGAGGCAAAUAUCCGUCAUUGUAAGGGUGUUGUGGAGCGUGCUCGGGCACUCAAUAUUACUAUAGAGGCUGAGAUGGGUCGCAUUGAGGGUGGAGAGGACGGAUUGCCUACGGUUGACAUGGAUUUCGUCAUGACAAGGCCCGAGGACGCAGAAAGAUUUGUUCAACAGACAGGAGUACAUUUUCUUGCGCCGUCUUUUGGGAAUAUACAUGGUGGGUAUCCGGCCGGUGGUGCAGAAAAAGCAUGGGAUCUUCCGCGACUUGCGGCCAUCGGACAGCUGUUAUCAGACGCCACACCACUAGCCCUCCAUGGAACGCAUCCUGUGUCUGAUGAGCUUUUUCAAAAGACCAUUGAAUGCGGAAUGCGCAAGAUCAAUCUCAAUCGCACUGUGCGCGAUGACUACACGAAGUUUAUUGCUGAGAAUGCCGGCUUACUAGAGUUGACAACUCUCAAAGUGCAGGGCGUGGAGAUUUAUGCCAAGUCUAUGGAGAGGAUGAUGGACGUACUUGGCUCAUCUGGGCGGUAUUAG